GGACAGUGGUGAGUGCGCACGUGCGGGGAAGCUGGGCUGGAGGAGGGCUGGGGCAGAAAGGCGGGUCCCAGGGAGGGUCGGUUCUCCCCCAGCAUCGAGGUCCCAGCCGCUCGCUGGAGCACCUCGGGGAGGGCACGGUGCAAAGGCAUUGCUGCCUCCCAGCUGCGUUGCCCCCACUCCCGUCUGCCCCAAAGCUCCUUCUCGCCUGCCACCAGCUCCCUCCAUCCCAGCCUCUCUGAAACCCUCUUGUCCUUCCUCCUGCAGGCCAUGGCUGCCAUAGCACUCCUCGUCCGUGCCUUGCUGUCCUUCAUCCCGAACCUGCCGAUGGCUGGUGAUGAGCUGGAUGAGGCGACGCGUGAAUUCAUGCAGCAGCGUGCCCUGUACGUGAACGCGGAGAUGACUCGGCUGCUGCAAGACAUAGAGGACAGGAGCGUGGAGCAGAAGACACAGGAGCAGUGUGACUUUGCCUGGGGAGCACUGCUCUCCACUGCCUCAGAGCAGUGGCACUUCUGCGUGAUCGCUGGAGUCCUGGUCCUGCUCUUUGGGCUCUGCUGGGUCCGGUUCAGGAACAGGAGCCGUGAGGCAGAAAGCAGCAGCACUGAGGAAAGGUGCUGCUGCAAGACGGUGAAUGUGGAGGAGGAGCAAGAAUUGGAGCAGGAAGAGGAAGAAAGUGAGGGCGAAAGUGCUGAUGAUGAGCGUGAUCUGGGCUGGACUUUUGAAAGGCGCUUUUUCAGGCGAGUGCAGAAUCCGGCCUACAUUGGCCUGGUGGUGGAGGACCUGGUGGCUGAACUCCUCUGGCUCUUCCAAAAGCGCUUCUGCAAUAGUUUCUUCCCUGUGCUGCAAAGAGCCAUCGGUGUGGGCAGCACCUUUGAAGCUUGGGACCCCUGUGAAGAUAGUGCUGUCUACCAGCUGCUCGUGCCCCUGAAGGCACCUCGUGGACACAGGUUCCAGCUGCAGAUGGGCGCCACAGGGCAGAUGCCAGUAGAAGACCCUCGCAUCUAUGUGGAGCUGGAGUGCACCUGCACGGGGCAGCAGAACAUGCUCUGCUUCCUCCACCAUUCUGAGGAGGAGCUGACAAGAAAUCAGGAUCCCAGCCUCCUACACAUCCUCUGCACAGGCUCCUACCUAGAUGUGCAAAAAACUGCCCUCUGGUUCCAGACCUUUGUGAUGUCAGCCUGGAUGGAUGUGUCUCAUUCCCGCUGCUACAACAUGGAGAUGCUGCCCUCCAGCCGGUCCUGCAAGCUGCAGCUGACGGGUGACUCCAGAAGAACCCUCUUCAUUGAGUUGAUUUUUGGGGUGCAGCAAGGGGACUCGGACAUCUUCCUGAGUAGCCAGGCUGCAGAGGACACCUUCAAUUCAAGCACUACGUGGCCAGUGACCUACGCUGUGGCAGAGGUGAAGUUCUUCAGGCAUAUGGCCAGGAAGGCCUCAGCACGUGCCCACCUCAAAUGCCUUCAGACCUGCGCCUGCAUCCUGACGGGCACAAGCUUUUCCACCUAUGACUUCAAGACAGCUGUGAUGCACCUCCUGACCACAACCCCCCUCUCACGUUGGUGCAGGAAGAACUUCCUACUGCGGCUGCAAGACACCAUGCGAUACAUGCGCUGGUGCCUGGAGGAGAAGCGCCUCAACCACUUCUUCCUUGGCAAUGAGAAUGUGCCCGAGGAGAUAAGCUUGCCGCUAUCCUUCAAAAUGGCCGAGCCACUCAACCUCUUCCAACGCUUUGCACAGGAUCCGGCAGCCUGUGCUGACGCGCUGCGUGAUUUCAUCAAGCUUGAACACCGACUCAUACGACAGCUCAUCCUGGGAUACUGGGAGAGGGCUCCACACACAGAGCUGUGA